CUAACCACGCACCUUAAACCCACAACCCCUCCACCUACCACAGCGCCACGACGCACCCGUUCCUCCUCGCCGCAGGCAAGGGCCUCCUCCCCAAGACCACACUGUCCAAGUGGCUCUCACAAGACCGGCUCUACGCGCAAUCCUACGUCCGCUUCAUCGGGCUCCUCUUAUCCAAAUGCCAGCUUCCGCACGCGCUCCAACAACGCCGAGACAGCACUCGAGCGACGCAUCGUCGCGGUCCUCAUCGAUGCGCUGGUGAAUAUUCAACGCGAGAUUGGCUUCUUCGAGGACGUGGCUAGGGAGUAUGGGCUGGAUUUGGCGGUUGUGCCGGAGGGCGAGGAGACGUUUGGACCGGGGACGAUUACGCAGGCGUAUAUUGAUUUGUUCAUGUCGGCGGGGAGUCCC